UGAUGUAGACGAACUGGGCAUUUCAGCUGUGCAGCCAUGGCGGCGGGAGGAAGCUACCGAGCGCUCGUCCACUCCGCUGAACAAAUAGUGCAGGUUGUCAGGAAUGGCGAACGCCUGGUGACCGGCAAAGCUCUGAGUGACUUAGCCGUGCUGGACAAGGGGGAGGACUCCAGCGGUCUCAGCAUCGUGGUUUCAAGCGACGGCCUCAUCAGCGAUAUCGGAACAGACGAAGACAUUUUUGAAAAAUACAAAUCUGUGGAAUUUUCAGAAAAAGUGAAUGCCGCUGGAAAAUGUGUUUUACCAGGGUUAGUAGACGCCCACACGCAUCCAGUCUGGGCAGGCGACAGAGUAAAAGAAUUUUCCAUGAAACUGGCCGGCAUGUCUUACAUGGAUAUUCAUAAAAUCGGCGGAGGCAUUUACUACACGGUGGAGCAGACAAGGAAAGCUUCCGAGAAUACCCUGCUGAGGCUGCUGCUGGCCAGGCUGGACCAGAUGCUGAAAAGUGGCACCACUCUGGUGGAGGCGAAGUCUGGCUACGGACUGCAGAUGCAGACCGAGAUGAAGAUGCUGCAAGUGAUUGAGAAAGCCAAGAUUGAAUCUCCCAUCGAAAUAUCGUCCACAUUUUGUGGGGCACACGCUGUUCCCAAGCAUAUGACUUCUCAUCAGGCUACGGAGGCAGUUUUGAACGAACAGUUGCCAGCUGUGGCCGAAUUCAUGAAAGCUGGAGAAUUCACUGUCGAUAAUAUCGACGUGUUCUGUGAAAAGGGAGUUUUCGACUUGGAACAGAGCAGACGCAUACUCAGUGCCGGAAAAGAAAUGGGUCUGCAGAUCAACUUCCAUGGGGACGAACUGAAUCCGAUGGAAGCAGCAAAGAUGGGCGCUGAGCUUGGAGCAAAAGCCAUCUCUCAUUUGGAAGAGAUCAGCACCCAGGGCAUCCUGGCCAUGGCUCAGAGCGGAACAGUGGCCGUUGUUCUCCCCACCACAGCCUACAUGUUGAGAUUGCGGCCCCCUCCUGUCAAGAGGAUGAUUGAAGCGGGCGUCCCCAUCGCUUUGGGGACAGAUUUCAAUCCCAAUGCUUUUUGCUAUUCAAUGCCCUUAGUAAUGCACCUCGCUUGUGUCUUGUGUGGAAUGACCAUGGAACAGGCCCUUCAGGCAUCAACCAUCAAUGCAGCGGCUGCACUGGGAAAAGCAGACACCCACGGCUCGCUUGAGAGAGGAAAAUGUGCCGAUAUGCUCAUCAUCAAUGCCCCAAGGUGGGAGCACCUCAUAUAUCAAAUGGGAGCGCAUUCGUCGCUUAUUGACAAAGUAAUGAAGAAAGGAAAAGUGGUUUAUGAAAACAAGAUGUCGGAAAUGUUGAUAUAAAAUUAUUUUUUCAUUACAUAUUUUCAAUUAGAUUUUUGUAAACGGUUUUUGACACAUAAAAUAAUGAUAGAUAAAUGAUUCUAGAACAAAUAUUUAAAAUAAAGGUUCAUCACAGUCAAAAAA